AUGGCGGCGUCUAGUGACAAGCUUUCUUUUCCAAUCGAUCGUUGGAAUGACGCUCUUAAAAGUGUUUGUUCGACAUUUAAUUUCAAAGAGCUAUACCCUGAACAAAAGGAGGCUUUGGAAAACUACUUUAAGGGCCACCAUGUGUAUGUAAACCUACCGACAGCCUUCGGAAAGUCCCUGGUGUACCAAGCCGUGCCAAUUAUGUUUGACUCCCUAAAUCGGCGACCGAAAGGUACAAGUAUGAUCGUUAUCAUUUCGCCUUUAAAGUCGUUAAUGGAGGAGCAAGUAGCCUACCUAAACAGUUUGGGUAUAGCGGCUGUUUGUAUCACUGAUGAAGCCAACGAUCAUGCAAUGCAAGAUGUGAUACAAGGCAAAUAUUCACACGUUUAUGCUUCACCAGAGUGUAUUCUGGCAACAACCAAGUGGAGAUGUAUAUUUGCUUCCAAACUAUUUUUGGAAAAUCUAUCCGGAGUGGCAAUUGACGAAGCCCAUUGUAUCAGCCAGUGGUAAGUAAAACUUAGCCUGUACCUCUUAAUGAAAUCUCAAAUUUAACAUAUUAAUUUCUGAAGGUUGACAAAGCAUACAAUGAUAUAUACUAGUGAUUGCCUGAUUGGUGUAAUUUUGUUAAUACUUUUCACAAAUAUUGUUAAGUUGUUUUCUCAACUAUUCAGGGGAAUGUCAUCAUAUGGGCGAAGAAAAGAAAGCAUUCCAUUCAGAAAAUGGUAUGGUAACCUCAGUGAAUUGGUGUCUCUGGUUCCAUCAAAUGUAAACUUUCUCAUUCUUACAGCCACCGCCACACAGUCGACAACAGAUUGCAUUCUUGAUAGUCUGCAUAUACCAGUGAAGAAAGUGUAUACUGUGAAAAGAAGUCCGAACCGUAAUAAUUUACGAUACAGUUUACAGUACAUUGAUAACAAUAUGCCACUUGAGAUGGUUUUUCGAGGAAUAAUCGAUGAAGUUUUUCAGAAAGGAGCUACUACUGAACGGACAAUCAUCUAUUGCCAAACCCGAAAGCAUUGUGGAUUAAUAUUUCGAUUAUUUGAAAUUCAUCUGCGGAACAACCUAUACAAUGGUAUUAACAGACCCCAGAACAGAGUCGUUGAAAUGUACCAUGCUGGUACACCUGACCAAGUGAAAAAGCAUGUGAUUGAAAAUCUAAGCAAAGAAACUGGACAUAUUCGUGUACUAAUUUCAACCAUUGCAUUUGGCAUGGGUGUUGAUUGUAAAAGUGUUCGACGUGUGAUACACUUCGGGCCGUCAAAGAACUUGGAAAGCUACGUCCAAGAGAGUGGGCGUGCAGGCCGGGAUGGCAAGCCAAGCAGUUGUAUAAUUAUGUACAAUGGUUUGUUAUCCAGCCAUUGCACAACCCAAAUGAAGAGAUUCAUCAUGAAUGAAAACCCCAUAUGCUUGAGGCAGACAAUAUUUUCAGACUUUGGUGUUAAGUGUGCUCAAUUUGACAUUCUGCAUGAAUGCUGUGAUUUUUGUGCUGAAAUAUGUGUGUGUGGGAGCAAUGAAUGCAGUAAGGUGCCAAAAAUUAGCCAUGAUGAAGAGGAAGUUGUCUCGGAUACUUCAUGUGAUUCUGCUUUUACAAGAUCUGUAACAUCCGAACAGAAGAGUAAAUUGAAAGCCCUUUUGAUGUCAUAUAAGAAAGAAUUGAUUGAGAGUGAGAUCCACAAUAUGACUGCAACUGUUGGUGUUCCAAAUGUCUUUUUGGAAUUUGGUGGGUUUCAAAUCAAGCAAGUUCUUCAAUCAUGUCAUAAACUUUUUACACUUGAAGAUGUAGUGACAAAUGUGGAGAUCUGGAGAAACCAGCAUGCAGUUGGUGUUUUAUCUGUCAUUGCCCAAGUUUUUGGUGAUAUUGAAGUUGACACUGGUCUUUCCACAUUUAUAGAGGAUGAAAUGGAUUUUGAAAUGGAAUGGGAAGAAGUGAGAGACGACCCUAGUUUUCAGAGUAUGAUGGACAGCCAAGAUUGGGGAUAUUGUGAAACUGACAGUUCAAUGGAGUCGAAUGCACCUAUCGAUAAUAGUGGGUUUUUUGAGAAUUUUGCAAUGACAGACAAUGAAUAA